AAAUACGCAUUUUUCAUUGUCAAUAGAUUAAGUGAACAAGUGAUUGUAGUGAUAUGGUGUCGCCACUUGCAGUUGGAGUAGAUCCUACAUCUUCAGAGAGAAGUAAAUUAGAUAAUGACACUGAUCAGAUAAGGACACUGAUGAGAUCUUGGUUGUAACUGGAUCACCUCACAGAAGAGUAACGAGACGCAUCGAUUGUUGUGAAGACCUACUAAAUACUUCUAACAUUCAAGUUUCUGAACAAUCCAUGGAGAAAAUUGAGGGAGGAAGAGUGGCAAGUGAGAUUACUGACAGUGAUCACCGGUCAAAUCCCAGUCUGCAGUGCAGUGUUAAUCUUCAAGACCAGGAAUCUGCAGUUAACACUAUCAAUGAGGGGCAGUGCUUGGAAAAUGGGGGCAUCAGUACACAUGCUGCAAAUGGUGAGGCGGGUUCCUCUAAUCACACAACUUAUGAAGAAGUCUACGGAUACAGACCUUAUGAUGAAAGUAGUGCUCUUUAUUGGGGGGCGGUGGUGAAGAGAUAUGAGAAAUUGAGAGCUCGAAUCCCCGAAACGAAAACCUAUCGUACGUUCCAAUCUCCUUAUAUGACAAUUUCGCAUUUGGUAACUUGCUUUUCCAUAGAAGAUUUGUCCAGAAAUGCUGAGUAUGGUUGGAAGGUUGAAAGAUUAACAAAUGAGGGGGUCCGCUUGCGCUUUAAGAGACUCAUUCGUAAGGAAGAAGCUGGGAUCUCGGAAGAUCUGAUUUCAAGGCGUCUAAGAACUACAGUUUAUGCUCCGUCAGCUAAUGGCUCGCUUUCGGAAGGAUCCCCAGGUUCUACUGACAAGCAGGAGAAUUGCUGUAUAUGCGCGGAGAAGUAUCAGACGAACGACAGCAUUGCAGGUCUAUACUAUUGCGAGCAUCAUUUUCAUGCAGAUUGCAUAAAGAAGUGGCUGCGAGAAAAGAACACUUGCCCCAUGUGCAGAUCAUUAGCAAUCAUACCCCCGGAGUUUCCAGAUUGGACUGGUGACCUGAGAUUGCACCGGGCAUUUUUCAAGCGGUUUUAGCUUACGAUGGUUGUGAAGUUCAUCAAGUUGGAAUUUGGAUAUGCUGGCUGUUAUUUUGUAAAUUUGAUGCUGUAGGAUGUUAUAUUUUUCAAGCUUUUCGACUUUUAUUGUAGUGACGUUUUAGCGUCCAAAUUGUGGCCAUCCGUACGAGUCUUGAGAAUCUCGACCGCGUAGUUGUAUCUGUGGGAUUUCAAAGAUGAAGCUUAUGCUGGCAUUUAAAGUUUUGACUU